AUGGGUCAAGAUAUCAACAUGGCAGGAGAGCCGAGGCCGAAGAGACCUAAAGUCUUGAAACGACCUGCAGCUUCUCUUUACAGUGGCUACGAGUUUGACUACGAUUACCACAGAGAAGACUUCUACGACAGGUUGUUUGAGCUUCGGGGCAGGGUGUCUCCGGUCCCUCGGGUGGUUCCGGUCAAACGCCCGCGGGUUCCUCUGGUACGACGGGUCAAACCUCUGCCGGUCCAAGUUCUGGCUUGUCACGCCUCCAACGGCACUACAAAGAGAUCAGCAGGAAGAAGUUCUGAACUUGAGGCCAUCAAGUCCGAGCUGACUCAGAUCAAAACCAACAUCGAGGCUCUGCUGGGCCGACUGGAGCAGAUCACAGACGACCCCUUCAGGACCCCCUCAGAUUUGAUCAAAGCAGAGGAGUGUCAGGGUGACGAGGCGUGGCAGGAAGGGGAGGAGUCUUGUUCAGAGCUGGACGAUGAGGAGGUGCAGGAGCCAAGACAGAGCAGCGAGGCUGAUGAAGAGGAGGAAGAGGGAGAGCAGAGGCAGGAUGAAGCUCACAGCCACAUGGAGGACGGCCAUCUUUCUGCAGAGGUCGACUCCAUGCGUCUGUGAGAAGCCGCUGAAGAGGAGGCCAAGUGAAGGAGGAAGAGCCAGGACGGCCGUCAAGCAGCAGGGAUCCGCAGAGACACACGCCUACAGACAAAAGACACAAAAACAGGCAGAAGAACGGAAGUGGACACGGCCCGAGCCACAGGAAGACACUAAAAACAGCGGGGGACUGCCAGAACUCAUCAUUAGCGCAUGAGUUACGCUCAUGGCCAC